UACACCAGCUGGCUGGCCGCCUUUUGUUUACUCCAUCCAGAAGACUAAAGUUACCCUGCAGUCGAGUUCUGCGUCUGCAGGCGAUGCAUGUACCACACGUCCGGAAUAACGGGGUUUGUGCCACAGCUUUAACCCUCUCACAGACCGUAUAAAGCCCUGAAGAUAUCCUGUUCACAUUGCUCCAACUUACGUAAGAAUGGUCUUGUACAGAGGAGUGGCGGGACAGAGAGGAUGAUCUCACCCGAGUGUUACAUUUAGUCAGCCUGCUCUGCAUUUGUGAAGCCCCUGACAGCAACGAGGGAGAGGGAACCAAAACAAGGAAAAGAUGUUCAGACAGUCGGAGUCAGGCAGGCGGCAUGCGAAUGGCCAGCCAACCAGUCGUGUGAGGGGUGUGGAGGUCGCCCGGGGGAGGGCAGGAUACGGCUUCACCCUGUCGGGCCAGUCACCCUGCGUGUUGAGCUGCGUUCUGAAAGGUAGCCCUGCUGACUACGUGGGGCUGCGCUCUGGGGACCAGAUCCUCAGCGUCAACGACAUCAACGUGUCGAAGGCGUCUCACGAGGACGUGGUGAAGCUGAUCGGCCGUUGCUCGGGCGUGCUGCGCCUGGUCAUCGCCGAGGGCAAGCGCAGCGGCGGACAGCUGGACUCCUGCUCCAGCGACGAAGAGCUGGGCUUUCACGAGCAGAAGAGCCACUGGUUGAGGCCCAAGAUGGACUCCAAGGCGCUGGGGAUCGACCGGGCGGAGCGCGUGGUGGCCGAGAUGCAGUCUGGUGGGAUCUUCACCAUGAUCUUCGAGAGCUCCAGCCACUCCUCCAGCAGCUCGGAGAAAGCCGCCGCCUGCGCACCCUCCUCUAGACGCAGGCCCUUCUCGGAGCCGGACGCGGACGCGCGCCGGAGCGACCCCGACUUCCUGUCCGAAGAGGAGAUGGCCCGGGUGCUGCGUGACGACUCUGUGUUCGUGGACGCGUUCGAGGCGGAGCGGCACGACGACCUCGCUCCGCCGCCCGCUGCCGACCCGGCCGGCAUCCUCAACGUGGGCAUGAUCGUAGGCUACCUGGGCUCCAUCGAGCUGGCUUCCACCGGCGCCAACCUGGAGAGCGACAGCCUGCAGGCCAUCCGCGGCUGCAUGCGGCGUCUGCGGGCCGAGCAGAAGGUGCACUCGCUCGUGCUUCUCAAGGUCAUGCACGACUGCGUGCAGCUGUGCAGCGAGCGCGGCGCCGUGCUGGCCACGUACCCGGCCGAGAAGCUGGCCUUCAGCGCCGUCUGCCCGGACGACCGACGCUUCUUCGGCCUGGUCACCAUGCAGGCCACGGAGGGCCGCCGCGCCAGCCGUGAUCGGGACGAGGACUGGGGCCUGCGCACCUCCUGUCACGUCUUCAUCGUGGACCCGGAGCUGUGCCACCACAAGACCCACCAGGGUGUGGCACGACGCUUCGGCUUUGCCUGCACGCCGGACCCUGACACGGGCGGCUGCUUGGAGUUCCCGCCCACAUCCCAGCCGCUGCUGCAGUUUGUGUCUGUGCUCUACCGGGACAUGGGGGAGUCCAUCGAGGGCAUGCGUGCGCGGGCCUUCCUGGACGGCGACCAGGAUGCCCAGCAGAACAACAGCACUAGCAGCAACAGUGACAGUGGAAUAGGAAACUUCCUGCCCGAGGAGAAGAGCAACCGUGUCCUUCUGGUCGACCUGGGAGCCAACCCCACCCGUCACGUCCCCUCUGGCCUGUGGGAGACCCCGCAGGGGACUCGUAACCCCAGCACUCAGGGUGGUCUCCCCCCACCUCCACCCGUAUCCCACCGUAAUGGCUACAGACAUGAGCAGUUCGCAGAGCACUCUCAGCCCCACCCACACUCCCACACAGACCCGCCCCCGCAUCUAGGCGGGCACCUAAACCACUCCUCCCGGCCGGACGUGUCCGGCCUCCCCUCGCGCCCCCACCGCUACCCCGCCCACGGUAAGACGCCGGCAGGUACGGUGAGACAGCGUUGGCUGCCUGUUCACGUGCUCCGAGACUGGCGCCGGGGCCACAGCAGCGACCAGGACUCCUACGCGGAGUCCACCGACGGCUGGUCCAGCGCCAACUGCAGCACGCUCCCGCCUCCCAUGAGCAAGAUCCCCGCGGACCGGUACCGCGCGGCAGGCGAAAUCGCCUCCCCGCCCCACCGCCUCCGUGGCCACAAGGAUGAGUGGACCAAGAAGCUGUUCGGGGCUGAGAAGAGCUUUCGUGAGCACUGCCAGUUUCCUCAGCAGCGCAGCGGCAAGAGAACGAAAGAUUCUGAGAAAAAGAGUGGAAGGUUCCGGGGCGUCACUAUGGGAUUUCCCCAGCGAUCAUCUGGGCGGCGAUCUUUCGGACGCUCCAAGCGGCUCAGCCUGGCUCGCUCACUGGACGACCUGGAGUCUGCAGCUGUCUCCGAUGGCGAGCUGAACAGCGCAGACCUGAAGGGCUGCGGUAGUGAUAACAGCCUGAACAGCAACGCAAGCCUUCCCAGCGUGCAGUGCCACCGGAGACACACGGAGCGCCGUGUUGCAUCAUGGGCCGUCUGCUUCGAGCGCCUCCUGCAGGACCCCGUGGGCAUCCGCUACUUCUCCGAGUUUCUGAAGAAGGAGUUCAGUGAGGAGAAUAUCCUGUUCUGGCAAGCGUGUGAAUUUUUCAGCCAUGUUCCAGAAACGGACAAGAAACAGCUAUCCCAGAGAGCGAGAGAGAUCUACACCAGCUUCCUGUCCAGCAAGGCCACCACCCCAGUCAACAUCGACAGCCAGGCUCAGCUGGCCGACGACAUCCUUAAUGCGCCCAGGCCCGACAUGUUCAAGGAGCAACAGCUACAGAUCUUUAACCUGAUGAAAUUUGACAGUUACACCCGCUUCCUGAAGUCCUGUCUGUAUCAGGAGUGCAUGCUGGCAGAGGUGGAGGACCGUCCUCUGCCAGACCCCUGCCGCGUCCCUAGCAGCCCAACAUCCAAACACAGCACCAGCUCAGACCGCUCCAAUCUCUCCACACCCAAGAAGGAGGAGAAGAAGAGCAAAUCGGGAAAGUCACUCAAUGAGGAGAGCAAAGAUGAACAGAAUGACAGAAAGAAAGCUGGUUUCUUCUCCUGGUCCAGGAACCGGAGCUUCGGGAAAGGACCUAAGAAGAAAGACCUGGGAGAGUACAGCUUUACGGGCAGCAGUGGGCGCAGGGAGUCGCAGGGCUCCCUGUCUUCUGGCGCCAGCCUGGAGCUCGGCACCACCGCGUCUGGCAAGAACGAGGGAGGAGAGGUGUCGCGUAACUCCAUGUCAUUAUCUGAGCGUGCCGUGCGCUACUGUAACAUUAACCUGCCAGACGGUUCGUGUUGCUCAGUACCCAUAAGACCCGGUAUAUCCAUCCGCGACCUUCUGCUGGGCCUGUGUGAGAAGCUCUGUGUCAACCUGGCAGCUGUAGACCUCUUCCUGGUGGGAGGAGAGAAGCCUUUAGUGUUAGACCAGGACUGCAUGACGCUGUGCUCUCGUGACCUGCGACUGGAGAGGCGUACAUUAUUCAGGCUGGACCUGGUGCCCAUCAACCGCUCAGUGGGGCUGAAGGCGAAACCCACCAAGCCUGUGACCGAGGUUCUGAGGCCAGUUGUAGCCAAGUAUGGCCUGCACCUCGGAGACCUGGUGGCUCGGAUCAGUGGGGAGAAGGAGCCUCUGGACCUUGGCCUGCCCAUCUCCAACCUGGAUGGCCUACGGGUGGUGCUGGAGACAGCUGAACAUGGAACAGCCAAAGACAAACAGAAACUGGCCCUAACAAAGAGCCACGGACCGCCUCUGUCCACGAGGAGCCAGUCUGCCACAGGGGAGGACAGAUCGUCAGGGAAGGCCUCGUCUAUCAAAACCAGGGCCCAGUUGGAAAAACGAAAACAGAAAAAGCUUAAUAUAGAUGAAGCUGAAGAAUUCUUCGAGCUCAUAUCCAAAGCACAGAGCAACCGAGCUGACGACCAGCGGGGUCUGCUGACCAAAUCCGACCUCGUCCUGCCCGACUUCCUGCGCCUCGACCCGGAAACAAAUCCCACUGACCACCCCCUCAGCUCCACCCCUGCUUCCAACAAGCCCCGCCCCCAUUCCAAGGAGAACGGUUCUGCCCUCAGCGCCAGUCGCCAGUCACAAAGCUUGGAUUCUGCUGUGGACCGGCCCGGUGCCCGACGGGCCCUGAUGCCACCUUAUAGAAACCCUGCCCCUCCGAACCAGGCGCCGUUCAGUUCCAGCCUCUCACCCGUCUCACACGGCCACGGCGGGGCGCCAUCGGGGGGGUUCGACUGGAGGCACGAGGGCGGCGCCCAGGCGCUGGAGGAAGAGGAGCAUGGGAUGGACCUGACUCUGGUUGGCGAGGGCGACAUUAACAGCCCCAACAGCUCACUCCUCCCCCUGUGCCCCCUGCCCCUCCCACUUUCCCCAGACACGCCCCGCCUCCUCAGGGAGGACACUUAUCAAGACAGCUGGGCCCAGCCAGGUACUUCUCCUGUGUGACCUGUGACUCUCGCACACUUCUCUCCCGUUCUUCCUGAAGGUGUGUGUGUGUGUGUGUGUGUGUGUGUGUGUGUGUGUGUGUGUGUGUGUGUGUGUGUGUGUUUACUGAGUGCCGUGGACUUUCUCUUGUCUCUCUCUAAGCCUUCUGCCAAACUCCAGCAAAGUUGCCGCCCUCUGGUGUACAUACAUGGCCCUCUAAGCACUUUACUGAACCACUGGCAGAGACAUAUAGACAUAUACGCAGUUUAACAUCCUUUUAUCAGUUUUUCCAAGGGUCGCACAUGUACUCGUGCAAACGUGACCAUCACGUGUGGGUAGAUGCCAGCAUUGCUCACCGACAGGAGCUCCCAUCGCUGGAUGUAUGACUGAAACCUCCCGCAACACUAAAAUGCAAACACUGCUCGAAGACACAAGUCGCAUUUUUACACUUUGUCUGCCAGUGGCAUAUUACUGCCUCACCGAUGGUCACAUGGAUGGUAACGUGACUUGCUGCAACAUCUGAAGAGGAAGAAAAUUGAUGAUUUGAUGAUCUGACUGCCAUACAAAAUAUGUUUUUCCUCAGUUUUCAGACCCCCGUAGGGUUAUUGUAAAACGUGCAGUACCUAGUACCAACAGGAAAGUUAAUUUCAUACUUUUUUUGUACUUUUAAGAGGUUGCAUGUGAUUGCAAGUCCAUUUCUCUGCUUUUGAUCCACAUUCAUUCCACACAUGUAAACACAGAGUUCAUUCUUUAGCUCUCUGUUGGAGCUUUUCAGAAAUUUGGAAUUAACUCCGCUCCGUAAGAUUAUUUAUUCAGAUGACGGACGACUGGACCUUGGAUGUCUUGCAGUGGCAACCUGAGUGAAAAACCGCGAGAAGUCGCUUCUCUUUUCCGUUGAUUUCUUACAAGCAAUUCAACAAUGUUUUGACAGUGUUUGCGAAGUGUUUUUAGUCUAUCUUACAUAUGGUGUUAUGUAAAAUAACAUAAUAUAAUCCUGACUCAACCCUAAUUUAUCCCAUGUUUUUAUUUGAUAUCUUAUGCUAAAACAUGACAAAGCUAUACUAAUAGUGUACAGGUCUUUUUGUUUGGUUUUUGAGAUGCCAGCAUUGUUGAAUUGCCUGCCAUGGUUCUGACACUGAAGUCCUCUUGUGUGUUUUUUUUGCAGACUUUUUGAGAUGCUCAGUCCACUCUGUUCAGUGCCAUAAUCUCUGUAUUUGUGUAAAUAGAGUUAAAUAAAUGGUAGAAGUGAGAUCUCCUUUUUCUCACUUA